AUGGUUUUAGUGCAAGUGCUUCUCCUGGUUUUGCUUGCAUUCAACUCUCCGGCAUUUGUAAGCUGUGUAAAUGAAGAAGGAUUAGCACUGAUUUCAUUCAAAGAAUCGUUAACUGAGUACGCCGAAGGCUCUCUCCGUAGCUGGAACUCUUCAGACCAAACCCCAUGUUCAUGGAAUGGAGUUACAUGCACACAAGAUAAAGUUGUAUCUCUCAGUCUUCCAUACAAGAAUCUUUCUGGGAUUUUCCCUCCUGCUCUUGGGAACCUCUCUGCUCUCUGCCGUCUGAACCUGAGAAACAACGGGCUCUUCGGAAGACUGCCAUUGGAAUUUUUCAAUGCAAAGGAGCUCCAGAGUGUGGUACUAUCAGGAAACUCAUUAUCCGGGUCUGUCCCAGAUGAGAUACAGAUGCUCAGUUACCUACAAACACUAGAUCUCUCACAGAAUUCCUUCAAUGACUCGAUACCUUUAUCUAUAGUUCGGUGCAGGAGACUAAAGAGUCUUGUCCUUGCUCAAAACCAUUUCUCUGGUUCCCUUCCAGAUGGUAUCACCAGUUUGGCAAAUCUUCAAAAGCUCAACAUUUCAUUCAACAAGCUCAGUGGUUCCAUCCCCAAGGGCAUUAGCAACUUGUGGAAUUUGAGAUCAACUCUUGACAUGUCUCACAACUUGUUUAAUGGUACUAUCCCAGCAAGCCUAGGAAACCUUCCUGAGAGAGUUUACAUUGAUCUCAGUUACAACAAUCUCAGUGGACCAAUUCCUCAGGUUGGAUCUCUAAUCAAUCAAGGACCAACAGCUUUUGUAGGCAAUCUUUUUCUCUGUGGACCGCCGAUGAAGAUCUCAUGUUCUUUUAGUACUGAAGACUCAAAUUUCCAGUCCUUGUUUCAUAAUCCGCUUCAUAAUUCAAGUCGGAGCAGCAACUCUAGUACAUCUACGGUGUUCUUUGUCAUUUCAGGUAUCAUUCUUGGGAUUUGUCUUUCUGGCCUAUUGUUCUCCAAAUGGUAUAAGAACUGUGCUUGUAAAGUCAGUCAACAUUUUGAACAGAAACUUAUCCCUACAAAGGACUUGCUCUGCUUUGCAAAACAUAGUUCGGAGUAUCCAGGACAUUACCAAUUUGUGAAACUGGUCAUGCAUGUCAAUUUAGAUCUUGACAAACUGCUGAAAGCCUCUGCUUUCCUUCUUGGUAAGAGUAGAACUGGGAUUGUGUAUAAAGUUGUUCUUGAAGAUGGACGAACCUUAGCAGUGAGAAGACUUGGAGAUCAAGGUUCCCAGAGGUUCAAGGAAUUUCAAACAGAAAUUGAAGCAAUUGGAAAGAUGAAGCAUCCAAAUAUCACCACUCUUUUGGCAUAUUUCUGGUCAAUAGAUGAGAAGCUGCUUGUAUAUGAUUACAUUCCGAACGGUGACCUUGCUACUGCAAUUCAUGGAAAAGCAGGCAUGGUAUCCUUCACACCCCUUUCUUGGCCUGUACGUCUCAGAAUCAUGAUAGGCGUGGCAAAAGGUUUGGCUUAUAUUCAUGAGUAUAGUCCCAGAAAAUAUGUCCAUGGAGACAUGAGGCCUAGCAAUGUACUUCUUGGACCAAACAUGGAACCCCAUAUCUCCAAUUUCGGACUCGGUCGCCUCGCCAAAGUAACCGAAGAAUCCCUAUCCUUUCAACCUGAACAAAUCACAACUGACACAUCAUCACUUCAGAAUUCUCCUUAUGUGCAGAGGAGGGCAAGCUCAAUGGCGGCAGCAGGACCUUGCUACAAUGCUCCUGAAGCCACUAAAGUUGCCAAGCCAUCCCAGAAAUGCGAUGUGUACUCAUUUGGGGUGAUAAUGCUGGAGAUGAUUUCUGCAAAAAUGCCAUACAUCAGAACUGGUUCUCUAGAUGUUGAUUUAGUUGAAUGGUUUCAGAUCAGCAUUGAGGAAAGGAAUCCAGUGCAUGAUGUAUUAGAUCGGUUCUUAGCUCCGGAUGUGGACAUGGAAGAGGAAAUUGUUGCAGUAAUGAAGAUUGCUCUUGCUUGUGUUGCUGAGGUCCCUGAAAAAAGACCUUCUAUGAGGGGUGUCUGUGAUAACUUGGCCAGAUUGGCCUAA